AUGGUCCUCCAAGGGUUUACCUGUAGCAGUGCUGUCAUGCUCCCAGGAAUAAUCACAAGGUUAAAGAAAAAGUCCCAGUCGGUGGAUAUUAGUGGGCCAGGAUGCAACCCAGUGGCAGCUGAAGCUCAGACACCUCAGCCCAGUAAAUCUUUGCUUGCCACUAAGACAGCUGCUUCUGAGGAGGAACAGAACAACACCACAAACACCCAAAGGCGCAAUCCACGGAGGAGUGAGUUGAAGAGAUAUUACACCAUUGACACUGGCCAGAAGAAGACCCCAGACAAGAAAGAUGGGCGACGAAUGUCUUUUCAAAAGCCUAAAGGGACUAUUGAAUAUUCUGUGGAAUCAAGAGAUACUUUAAACAGUAUUGCCUUGAAAUUUGAUACAACACCCAAUGAACUGGUUCAGUUAAAUAAGCUUUUCUCCAGAGCAGUCGUUCCUGGACAGAUUUUGUAUGUUCCUGACCCAGACUACAUUUCUAGUGUGGACAGCUCCCCCUCUCUAAGUCCUAUAAGUCCCCUAUCACCUACAUCUUCCGAAGCAGAGCUUGACAAGGCUACAGUAAAUGAUCCAGAUGGAGUCCAACGGAAAGAGUCUGCUGCUUCACCAGCACAUGCAUGUGUUCGUCCUACAAGAGUGGUAUCAUCCACCUCCGAAGAGGAGGAAGCGUUUACAGAGAAAUUUCUAAAAAUUAAUUGCAAGUACAUCACUAAUGGCAAGGGUACAGUCAAUGGUGUGCUGCUAGUGACGCCAAAUAAUAUAAUGUUUGAUCCUCAUAAAAUGGAUCCUCUGGUCCAAGAGAACGGCUGUGAAGAGUAUGGCAUCAUGUGUCCAAUGGAAGAAGUGAUGUCAGCUGCUCUGUAUAAGGAAAUUGUGGACAGCAAAAUUAAGGAUUCAUUAAGCAUAGAUGUAGAACAGCUGUCUGUAAGGGAACUGUGCCAUUCCAAGAAAGCUGCAAAGAGCAAUACAGAUGAAAUGGAUUCUAGGAUUCGGGAUACAGGCAAUGAUAGUGCUAGUACUGCCCCAAGGAGCACAGAGGAGUCUCUCUCAGAAGAUGUCUUCACAGAAUCAGAACUCUCUCCAAUACGUGAGGAACUUGUUUCCUCAGAUGAGCUUCGACAAGACAAAUCUUCUGGAGCAUCAUCAGAAUCUGUCCAAACAAUAAACCAGACUAGUGCUGAAUGUUUAACAAUCAUUUCAGACUCAAAUGAAGCUGCCAGUGACUUAAAACCCAGUGCCGAAAUGCUUGUAAAUGUUAAACAGUUUGGUACCCACAGCUUAGGUUCAGAAAGUGCUGAAAUGUCUAUAAAGGGGGGACAAGAACCUAGUGAAAACAUUGCAGAUGUCCUCCAGCAGUCUUUGCAAGGAUCACAUGGUAGUGAAAAGCACAACAAAGAGGCAGAAGUGGGCAACGAUCAAGAUUCCUCACUAGGAAAAGAACCAGAAGGAGAGAGUAAGACAGGAGAAGAAUGUCCACGUUGUGAAGAUACCACAAACUCUCAAAAGAAAGAUACAACUAGCAAAGGAAAAGUAGUGAAAGAGCAAACUCAAGACUCAGAGACAGAAGUUGAGGAACUCCGCAAACUCUGGAAGACCCACACUAUGCAACAAACCAAACAGCAACGAGAAAACAUGCAACAGGAUUCGCAAAAAGAAAUUAGUCAGAAAACUGUGACUGCAGGAGAUGGGCAAUUAGAAGGCUCUUCUCUUAUGAAAGAAAAAAGACGGCAUCGGUCUCACAAGUUUCUGCGUCUCAGGGUUGGAAAACCCAUGAGAAAAACAUUUGUUUCACAAGCAAGUGCAUCAAUGCAACAGUAUGCACAGAGGGAUAAAAAACAUGAGUACUGGUUUGCUGUUCCACAAGAAAGGACAGAUCACUUGUAUGUCUUCUUUAUCCAGUGGAGUCCAGAGAUAUAUGCAGAAGAUACUGGGGAAUCCCUUCGGGAACCGGGAUUUAUAGUGGUAAAAAAGAAGGAAGAGCCUGAAACUAGUGAAGAAUCUACUACUGAAGAUGCUGCUAAAGAGUGGGAGGUAGUGUCAGUGGCUGAGUAUCACCGCAGGAUCGAUGCUCUAAAUAGCGAAGAACUGCGCACACUCUGCAGACGUCUCCAGAUAACAACAAGAGAAGGUAUCAGUUCAAAACAGGCAACAAAUAUCAAAACAGACCUGGAGCCUGAAGCAUUCCGGCCAAAUCUUAGCGAUCCCAGUGAAUUACUACAGCCAGAACAAAUUGAGAAGCUCACAAAGUCUCUUCCACCACGGACCAUUGGAUAUCCAUGGACUCUUGUCUACAGUACUGCAAAGCAUGGCAUGAGCUUGAAGACCUUGUAUCGAACUAUGCUGGGAUUAGACACACCUGUGCUGUUGGUUAUCAAGGACAGUGAUGGACAGGUUUUUGGUGCACUAGCAUCUGAACCAUUUAAAGUGAGUGAUGGCUUUUAUGGGACUGGAGAGACCUUUAUGUUCACUUUUUCUCCAGAUUUUGAGGUUUUCAAAUGGACAGGAGACAACAUGUUCUUCAUUAAAGGAGACAUGGACUCCCUUGCUUUUGGUGGAGGAGGAGGCGAGUUUGCUCUCUGGCUCGAUGGUGAUCUCUACCAUGGAAGAAGUCAUUCAUGUAAAACAUUUGGGAAUCAUACACUUUCUAAGCGAGAAGACUUCAUUAUUCAAGACAUAGAAAUUUGGGGUUUUGAAUGAGUUGUUAAUGAUCUGCAGGUUUGGGACAAAUACUGACAAUAUUGAGCUACGUGGCAAGGACUUACAAAAUAGCAAGGGAAUGUAAGAAUAUGGUAGUUCCACAAAAUUAAAAGGCUAAAGCAAGCAAAACUCAGUGAACAAUUUGUAGCUAUAGUAGGGCAUUAAAAGUACAGAAACAGAUGCAUCUUUCUUCAACAUAAAGUGUCAGAUAUAUACUGUUAUACUGUUGUAGCCGUGUAGCACAUCAACUCCAAGAAUAUAGCUUAUUCCUGUCCAAAGAAAAAAAAAUAGUUGUGAUGUUUUUGAGUGGGUCUAUGUUGUAAAUUUACAGUUAGCACCAGCUCUGAUUAAAAUGAGAUAAUGUACUAUAGGUAGACAAUAUUGUAAUUCAGUAGACUUGUGGAAUAUGCAAACUUACUGUCAUGUGACCUCAAAAAAAAAUGACAGGCUAGAAUACAGUUCCAGUAGCUCUUGUCCACUUUUGUAGGAAAAUUGAUAAGCCAUUGUGGCAAUAACAGCUCAACAAAACUGUUUGUUUCAAAGCUUUUAUUCUAUGUUCUGCAAAAACAUAACAACAACAAAAAAAAAAACAAAACAAAAAAAUUGCUGUUAAGUGUGACAGUGACUGACUUUGUGCUGAAAUUUCAGCUAUUUCAGAUGAACAUUGUAUAUUAUCUUGUAAAUUAAUGUUUAAAGUAGUUUUGUUAUUAUAGAAAAGUGUUGAUUGACGGGUUGCUUAUAGCACUUUAAAUUAUUCUAGAAAUGGAAUAAAAGCCAAAUGGGUUGGCUUAAGUAGAUGUAGUUGUAUAUUAUUUCAAAAUAUUUACAUCUCUGGAAAGUUUUAAAACCUUAUUUGAAGACAGCUUACUGCUAUGGUAAUGAGAAAGGGCAGAUGUUUCAUCUAUAAUAUGCUAAUGCUCAAUAUGAAUAGAAAUACAGGGCUUUGUUUCCUGUCUCUAUGUAUAGCUCUUUAUCCUUAUUAGAACAUAGUGCAAUGUGUAGACUAAAUGUUUACAAAAUAAGGAACUGUAAAUAAAUUGAAAUGGCUUUUCUCCCCUUUGGUCUUCCACAGCAGUAUUAUUGUCUUUGUGGAGUUAAGACUGAUUAUUACAACAAAAAAAUCCUGUAAUGGAUUUUAAGUACUAUAAGGUCACAGUGAUGUAUAGCAAAUAAAUCUAAAUAUAUGUAAAAAUAAA